AUGAGUGCCAGCGAGGCAGACAGCCGGGCUGGCCCCGAGCAGGCAGCCUACCACCUGCACAUCUACCCGCAGCUGUCUGCCGAGAGCCAGGCCUCCUGCCGCGUGAUGGCCACCAAGGACACCACGACGUCCGACGUCAUCCGCGAUGCCAUUGCCACCUUGCAACUGGACGGCUCCAAGCGCUACGUGCUGGUGGAGGUGAAAGAGUCAGGUGGCGAGGAGUGGGUGCUGGACGCCAAUGACUCACCCGUGCACCGCGUGCUGCUGUGGCCACGCCGCGCCCAGGAUGAGCACCCUCGCUGCGACGGCUACUACUUCCUGCUUCAGGAGCGCAACGCUGAUGGCACCAUCAAGUACCUGCACAUGCAGCUGGUGUCACAGGAAGCGGCUGCCCGGCGCCUGGCGCAGCGCGGCUUCCUGCCCUGGCAGCAGGCCGAUUUCGACGACCUGUGCGACCUGCCUGAGCUGACCGAGGCCAACCUACUGCGUAACCUCAAACGACGCUUCUUGCAGCAGAAGAUCUAUACCUAUGCUGGCAGCAUCCUCGUGGCCAUCAACCCCUUCAAGUUCCUGCCCAUCUACAACCCCAAGUACGUGAAGAUGUACGAGAACCAAGAGCUGGGCCGGCUGGAGCCCCACAUCUUCGCCAUCGCCGACGCGGCCUACCACGCCAUGCUGCGCAAGCGUCUCAACCAAUGCAUUGUCAUCUCGGGCGAGAGCGGCUCAGGCAAGACGCAGAGCACCAACUUCCUCAUCCACUGCCUCACCGCACUCAGCCAGAAGGGCUACGCCUGCGGCGUUGAGCGCACCAUCCUGGGCGCUGGGCCUGUGCUCGAGGCUUUCGGCAACGCCAAGACAGCCCACAACAACAACUCCAGCCGCUUCGGGAAGUUCAUCCAAGUCAACUACCUGGAGAGUGGCAUCGUGCGUGGGAACUACCACGUGUUCUAUUACUUGUUGCUCGGGGUCAGCGAGGAAGAGCGCCAAGAAUUCCAGCUCAGGCAACCAGAAGAUUACUUCUACCUCAACCAGCAUAACUUGAAGAUUGAGGACGCAGAGGACCUGAAGCAUGACUUUGAGCGGCUCAAGCAGGCCAUGGAAAUGGUGGGCUUCCUGCCGGCCACCAAGAAGCAGAUAUUCUCCGUCCUCUCAGCCAUCCUGUACCUGGGCAACGUCACCUACAAGAAGAGGGCCACGGGCCGUGAUGAGGGGCUGGAGGUUGGGCCCCCAGAGGUGCUGGACACGCUCUCCCAGCUCCUCAAGGUGAAGCGAGAGAUCUUGGUGGAAGUUCUCACCAAGAGAAAAACGGUGACUGUCAACGACAAGCUCAUCUUGCCCUACAGUUUCAGCGAGGCCAUAACUGCCCGUGACUCCAUGGCCAAGUCUCUGUACAGCGCUCUGUUUGACUGGAUUGUGCUACGCAUCAACCAUGCCCUCCUCAACAAGAAGGACAUGCAGGAGUCGGUGUCAUGCCUGUCCAUUGGGGUCCUCGACAUUUUUGGGUUUGAAGACUUUGAAAGAAACAGCUUUGAACAGUUCUGCAUCAACUACGCCAACGAGCAGCUUCAGUAUUACUUCAAUCAGCACAUUUUCAAACUGGAGCAGGAGGAGUACCAGAGUGAAGGCAUUGCCUGGCACAACAUCGACUACACAGACAAUGUGGGUUGUAUCCACCUCAUCAGCAGGAAGCCCACUGGCCUCUUCUACCUGCUGGACGAGGAGAGCAGCUUCCCCCACGCCACAAGCCAGACCCUGCUGGCCAAGUUCAAGCAGCAACACGAGGACAACAAGUACUUCCUGGGCACACCCGUCAAGGAGCCUGCCUUCAUCAUCCAGCACUUUGCAGGGAGGGUCAAGUACCAGAUCAAGGACUUCCGGGAGAAGAACAUGGACUACAUGCGGCCUGACAUCGUGGCACUCCUGAGAGGCAGCGACAGCUCCUACGUGCGUGAGCUCAUUGGCAUGGACCCCGUGGCCGUGUUCCGCUGGGCCGUGCUGCGGGCCGCCGUGCGUUCCAUGGCUGUGCUGCGGGAGGCCGGGCGCCUGCGGGCCGAGAGAGCCGAGAAGGCUGCAGGCAUGGGCAGCCCCGGUGUCCAGAAUCACCCAGGAGAGCCACAGAGAGCAGCCAACACCCCGUCGGAAAAACUGUACCGAGAUUUGCAUGAUCAAAUCAUCAGGACCAUCAAGGGACUGCCCUGGCAGGGCGAGGACCCCCGGCGGCUUCUCCAGUCCCUCAGCCGGCUCCAGAAACCCCGGGCCUUCAUCCCGAAAAGUAAAGGUAUCAAACAAAAGCAGAUCAUUCCCAAGAACCUAUUGGACUCCAAGUCCCUGAAGCUCAUCAUCAGCAUGACCCUGCACGACCGCACCACCAAGUCCCUGCUGCAUCUGCACAAGAAGAAGAAGCCGCCCAGCAUCAGCGCACAGUUCCAGACAUCCCUUAACAAGCUCCUGGAGGCGCUGGGCAAGGCAGAGCCCUUCUUCAUCCGCUGCGUCCGCUCCAAUGCCGAGAAGAGGGAGCUGUGCUUCGAUGAGGAGCUGGUGCUGCAGCAGCUGCGCUACACAGGCAUGCUGGAGACCGUGCGCAUCCGGAGGUCAGGCUACAGCGCCAAGUACACAUUCCAGGACUUCAUGGAACAGUUCCAGGUACUGUUGCCCAAGAAUGCCCCACCCUGCAGGGAAGUCAUCUCCACACUGCUGGAGAAGAUGGCUGUGGACAAGAAGAACUACCAGAUCGGGAAAACCAAGGUGUUUCUGAAGGAGCUAGAGAGACAGGCCCUGCAGGAGACACUGCACCGGGAGGUCAUGCGUAAGAUCCUGCUGCUACAGAGCUGGUUCCGGAUGGUUCUGGAACGCCGGCAUUUCCUGCAGAUGAAGCGGGCAGCCAUCACCAUCCAGGCUUGCUGGCGUUCCUACCGGGUCCGGCGAGCACUGGAGAGGACACAGGCAGCCGUAUUCCUUCAGGCUGCAUGGAGGGGCUAUCGGCAGCGGACAGCCUACCAGCGCCGGAGACAAAGCAUCAUUCGCCUACAGAGCCUCUGCCGGGGCCACCUGCAGCGCAAGAGCUUCAGCCAGAUGGUCUCGGAGAAGCGGAAGGCAGAAGAGAAGGAGAGGGAGGCACAGUUAGCCGCAAGGGAAACCACUGUGGAGACCAGCGGGGAGCAGGAGCUCGGGCAGACGGUGUCUGAGGACCAUGAGCCCCCAGCUGUGUUGGAGCCUGAGCCACAGCCAAGCGACAGGCCCCCUGCAGCAAGCUCCCACCCAGAGGCAGAGACCCCAAUUCUGGAGAAGCCCACCCCUUCCCAGAAACCGCCAGCCGAAAGUCACGAGAAAGCCCCCAGCAGCCGCGAGAAGCGUGAGUCCCGACGGCAGAGGGGCCUGGAGCAUGUGAAAUUCCAGAACAAGCACAUCCAGUCCCAUAAGGAGGAGAGUGCCCUUCGAGAAGCUUCUGGAAGGGCAGGCCCAGAACAGAGGGAGAACCUUCCAGAAGAUCAGACGGAAAGCAGGGAAGAGGGCAUCCCCUCAGACACAGGACUGGAGGCUGAGCGCAUGUCCCCCACAAAGCCAUCCCUGGAGGUGUCACAGGCUGUGGCAGCCAGCGAGACUCCCAGGGAUGCCCAAGAGGGCAGCCCAAGGCCCAGCCGCAUAGAGCGACCCACCAGCCUGGCCCUGAACGACAGAACCAGUACCCCAGAGACUCCCAAGGACAGGAGCAGGCCAGGCACCAGCCCCCGGGACCGGCCUGAGAGCCCCGGCAGCUCGGCCCAGAUCCAGCGGUACCGCGACACCGAUUCAGAGCGCCUGGCCAAUGCCGUGGAGCUGUGGCGCGGCAGGAACCUCAUGACCGCCAAGCCCUGUGCCGUGCUCAGCCAGUCGCUGGACCUCAGCGAACGGCACCGGACUGCCCUCACGCCUACAGAGGAGAGGCGGAUUUCCUUAUCCACAAGUGACGUCUCCAGCCUCCUGUCUCCCACCAAGACCCAGUCCUUCGUCGAAACCAUGGAUGGGGAGCCCAGCUCCAAGAAGCUGUCGAUCCAGAAGAAAAAAUCGGGUGACUCAGCCUCCGUCACAGACGCAGGGCUGUCCCCGGGCCAGCAGGCCGAUUCCAAGUCUGCAUUCAAGAGGCUCUUCCUGCAUAAGAACAAGGAUAAGAAGUACAGCCUAGAGGGCGUGGAGGAGGCGGAGAAUGCAGGAUCUGGGCACGCUGGGCUGGAAGCUACAACCACCAAGAAGAAUCUAGAAGCCCCCUCCAGCCACCAGCAGCGCCACUCAGCAGGAGAGAAGCCCAGCAAGGAGCCAGGAGGCAAAGGGAAGAAGAACCGGAACCUCAAGAUUGGUAAAAUCACGGUAUCAGAGAAGUGGCGAGAGUCAGUGUUCCGCAAGAUCACCAACGCGAACGAGCUCAAGUACCUGGACGACUUCCUGCUCAACAAGAUCAAUGACCUGCGCUUCCAGAAGACACCCAUCGAAAGCUUGUUCAUCGAGGCGACUGAAAAGUUCCGCAGCAACCUCAAAACCAUGUACUCUGUGCCGAACGGGAAGAUCCAUGUGGGCUACAAGGACCUGAUGGAGAACUACCAGAUAGUAGUGACCAACCUGGCGGCCGAGCACGGCGAGGACACCAACCUGGUGCUCAACCUCUUCCAAUCCCUGCUGGACGAAUUCACCCGCCGCCACUCCAAGAGCGACUUUGAGGCCACCAAGCAGAGCAAGUCCGAGAAGAAGAAGCGGAAGCAGGAACGUGCUGUGCAGCAGCACAAUGGGCACGUGUUCGCCAGCUACCAAGUGAGCAUCCCCCAGUCGUGCGAGCACUGCCUCUCCUACAUCUGGCUCAUGGACAAGGCCCUGCUGUGCAGCGUGUGCAAGAUGACCUGCCAUAAGAAGUGUGUGAACAAGAUCCAAACCUACUGCUCCUAUACGAGUGGACGGAAGGUGGAGCCAGGCACAGAGCCAGGCCACUUUGGUGUGUGCGUGGACAGUCUGACCAGUGACAAGGCCUCGGUGCCCGUUGUGCUGGAGAAGCUUCUGGAACAUGUAGAGAUGCAUGGCCUGUACACCGAGGGCCUCUAUCGAAAGUCAGGGGCCGCCAACCGCACGAGAGAACUCCGGCAAGCGCUGCAGACAGAACCCACAGCGGUCAAGCUAGAGAACUACCCCAUCCACGCCAUCACGGGGGUCCUAAAGCAGUGGCUGCGCGAGCUGCCGGAGCCUCUCAUGACCUUUGCCCAGUACAACGACUUCCUCCACGCCGUAGAGCUGCCCGAGCGGCAGGAGCAGCUGGCUGCUAUUUACGCUGUACUGGACCAUCUGCCCGAGGCCAACCACAACUCCCUGGAGCGGCUUAUCUUCCACCUUGUGAAGGUGGCUUUGCUGGAGGAUGUGAAUCGCAUGUCACCUGGAGCCCUAGCCAUCAUCUUCGCACCCUGCCUGCUGCGCUGUCCUGACACCUCGGAUCCGCUGACCAGUGUGAAGGAUGUGCUAAAGAUCACCACGUGUGUGGAGAUGCUGAUUAAGGAGCAAAUGCGCAAGUACAAAGUGAAGAUGGAUGAGAUCAACCAGCUGGAGGCCGCAGAGAGCAUUGCCUCCCGUCGCCUCUCACUGCUGCGGCAGAACACUCCGUGGCCUCUCAAAUUGGGGUUCUCAUCUCCUUACGAGGGGGUCCUGAACAAGAGCCCCAAAGCUCGGGCGAGCAGCAGUGGCCUGGAGGAGCUGGGGGUACUGCCUGAGGAGGAGGUGGUGGCGGCAGCUGGCGACGAUGAGGACCGCGAGAAGGAGAUCCUCAUGGAGCGCAUCCAGUCCAUCAAGGAAGAGAAGCAAGACAUCACCUACCGGCUGCCGGAGCUGGACCCGCGCGGCUCAGACGAGGAGAACCUAGACUCAGAGACGUCGGCUAGCACAGAGAGCCUGCUGGAGGAGCGGGCUGGGCGGGGGGCUGCGGAAGGUCAGUAUUAA